UUGGAGGGGUUGCAGGAUGGGGUCUUGGUUUGCAUUUCUGCAAAUGCAUGCUGGAUUGUCCACUCCUAGAUGUCUGAGAUUGACAAAUUUGAUUGUUUUGACUUGUUUUAUAUGUCAACUGGUCUUCUUUUUUCUCCUUGUAGGUACUGGAAAUUGUCCCUCAUGGUACAUCCGGACAAAUGCUCUCAUCCACAGGCCCACCAAGCAUUUGUGAAGUUAAACAAGGCUUUUAAAGACUUGCAGGAUCCAGAUAAACGAAAAGCAUUGGAUGAGAAAAUAAAGCUCAAAGAGGAACAAGAGGAAUUCAAGGCGGAAUUGAAAGCAAUGAAAGAAGCUGCACACCGGAAACGUUUACAAGAAGCAUAAAAUGUUCGAGAGAAAGCUGAAGACUCAGGACAUGUGGUGGAUCGAUUUUAUUGUACAUUUUUCACCCUAGUAUUUCCUAUUGUAUGUCUUCUGUAUGCAAUUAUGUUAUGGUCGUGAAAAGGAAGUGCACCCUAAAAGGGCCUUUUUACACUGUGACUCAUCUUUCACAAGGCUAAAAUGUU